AUGGCGUUGUCUGUGCCUGUCCCAUCUUAUUCAUCAGUACUGUCGUUACAACAAACACAACCAACAGACGAAAGGGAAAAUGACAAGAGACAGAUGGUAGCGGUCGCGAAAACAAAUCUGAAAUCAAAAGCUGGGAAAAGAACAAGUUCAUCCAUUCAUUCUAAGAAAUAUUAUGGAGAAAAAAUUGGUAUCUAUUUUGUCUUUCUUGGAUAUUACACAGAAAUGCUGUUCUUUGCAGCUGUGGUUGGCUUAGCUUGUUUUAUUUAUGGUUUAUUAUCAAUGGAACGUAACACAAGCAGCGUUGAAAUCUGUGACCCUGAGAUUGGAGGUCAGAUGAUUAUGUGCCCCCUCUGUGAUCUAGUGUGUGACUAUUGGAGACUAAAUAGUACUUGUUUGGCGUCAAAGUUCUCCUAUUUGUUUGAUAACGAGUCUACAGUGUUCUUUGCAAUAUUCAUGGCGAUUUGGGUCACAUUAUUCUUGAAGUUUUGGAAACGGCGACAAGCCAGACUGGAAUACGAGUGGGACAUGGUGGACUUUGAAGAGGAGCAGCAGCAGCUUCAGCUGAGACCUGAAUUCGAAGCUAUGUGUAAACACAGGAAAAUGAAUCCCAUGACGAAGGAGAUGGAACCUUACAUGCCUCUACAUGCUCGUAUACCAUGGUACCUUUUUUCAGGAGCCACAGUGACAUUAUGGAUGGCUCUUGUCAUCUCCAGUAUGGUAGCUGUCAUUGUGUACCGCCUGUCAGUCUUUGCUUCUUUUGCUAGAUUCAUGGAAAGUGCUGAAUCCUUAAAGAAUGUGAAAAGUUUCUUUACUCCUCAGAUAGCCACAUCACUCACAGGAUCGUGCUUGAACUUUAUUGUCAUCAUGAUCUUGAAUUUCUUUUAUGAGAAGAUAUCUGUCUGGAUUACAAUAAUGGAAAUUCCUCGAACUUACCAGGAGUAUGAGAGCAGUCUUACCUUGAAAAUGUUCCUGUUUCAGUUUGUAAAUUAUUACUCGUCCUGCUUCUACGUAGCUUUCUUUAAAGGGAAGUUGGUGGGCUACCCCGGAAAAUACACCUAUAUGUUUAAUGCAUGGAGGAGUGAAGAGUGUGAUCCUGGAGGAUGUCUUGUAGAACUGACGACCCAACUGACCAUAAUAAUGUUCGGGAAACAGAUUUUGGGAAACAUUAAAGAAGCUAUUUAUCCCUUGGCUUUGAACUGGUGGAGACGCCGAAAAAGUCGAACCAACUCUGAGAAACUCUAUAGUCGAUGGGAGCAGGAUUAUGACCUUGAAAGUUUUGGAUCCCUUGGGCUGUUCUACGAGUACCUAGAAACAGUUAUUCAAUUUGGAUUUGUUACACUAUUUGUGGCCUCUUUUCCUUUGGCUCCUCUUCUUGCUCUCAUGAAUAAUAUUGUAGAGAUUCGAGUGGAUUCCUGGAAACUGACUACUCAGUACAGGAGAACUGUAGCUUCUAAAGCUCAUAGCAUAGGAGUUUGGCAAGACAUUCUCUUUGCAAUGGCUGUCCUAUCAGUUGCAACAAAUGCUUUUAUUGUUGCAUUUACAUCAGACAUCAUUCCGCGUUUAGUUUACUACUAUGCCUAUUCAACAAAUACCACGCACCCUAUGAGAGGAUAUGUGAAUAACAGCCUGUCCAUAUUCCUGAUAGCUGAUUUUCCAAACCAAACUGCACCUUCAGAAAAACGAAGCUUCACCACUUGCAGGUACAGAGAUUACAGAUAUCCUCCUGAUCAGGAGGAUAAAUAUUUUCAUAGUAUGCAAUUCUGGCAUGUCCUUGCUGCCAAGGUGACCUUCAUCGUAGUUAUGGAACACACUGUGUUUCUACUUAUAUUUUUGUUGACCUGGAUGAUACCCGACGUUCCCAAAGAUGUUGUGGAGAGAAUCAAGCGAGAAAAGUUAAUGACUGUCAAGAUUCUCCAUGACUUUGAGCUCAACAAAUUAAAAGAGAAUUUGGGAAUAAAUUCUAACACAUAUGCCAAGCAUGUCAUGAUUGAGGAAAACAAAGCACAACUGGUGAAAUCAACAAUCUAA